GCCAAUAGGAGCAAGUCCCCCCAUCUCGAGCCGAAGCCGCGCGGCGCCUCGCCUCACCUCGACCGACUCCCCACCCCCCUCUCGUCUUCCUCCCCUUUCCUCACUCCACCCCCUCUUUCCGCAUCCCUUCACCACCGCCACCACGACGUAACGCCUCCCGAUCGGCGGCGAAGGGGGUGCGCGCUUCCGUUACGGCUGGGGGAGGACCAGGGGAGAGGGGGGGGGGGGGGGGAGGAGAUCGGGUUUUGUCGUCGGCGGCGGCGAUGGCGCGGGAGAGGCGGGAGAUAAAGAGGAUAGAGAGCGCGGCGGCGCGGCAGGUCACCUUCUCCAAGCGCCGGCGCGGCCUGUUCAAGAAGGCCGAGGAGCUCUCCGUGCUAUGCGACGCCGACGUCGCCCUCAUCGUCUUCUCCUCCACCGGAAAGCUCUCGCACUUCUCCAGCUCCAGUAUGAAUGAAGUCAUCGACAAGUAUAAUACGCAUUCUAAUAAUCUGGGGAAAGCAGAGCAGCCUUCGCUCGACUUGAAUUUAGAACAUAGCAAGUACGCAAAUUUGAAUGAGCAACUUGCAGAAGCUAGUCUUCGUCUUAGACAAAUGAGAGGUGAGGAGCUUGAUGGAUUGAGUAUUGAUGAACUCCAGCAGUUGGAAAAAAACCUGGAAGCUGGUCUGCACAGGGUGAUGCUGACAAAGGAUCAACAAUUCAUGGCACAAAUCAGUGAACUCCAGCGGAAGAGUUCACAGCUGGCGGAGGAGAACAUGCAACUCAGGAACCAGGUAUCCCAGAUAUCACCAGCUGAGAAGCAAGUUGCUGAUACUGAAAAUUUUGUUACUGAAGAAGGACAGUCUUCUGAAUCUGUGAUGACUGCAUUACAUUCUGGAAGUUCACAGUCACAGGAUAAUGAUGAUGGCUCGGAUGUAUCACUGAAACUAGGGCUGCCUUGUGGUGCUGGUGCAUGGAAGUAACUGCCCAAAAAAAAACACCUUUGCAGAUCUGGUUGGAGUUGCAGCAUCCAGUGGAGAAGUGCGUGUGUUAUUUGCGAAAACCCAGACUGCAAUAAUCUUGCGUUGGAAGCGAGAUCAGUUAACCUGAUUUAUCAUCCUUGUGGCUGCAUGAUGCGAUGUUCCGCUAGCUUAUACUGUUCGCUAGGAUCUUAACUAAACUGUGAGCUCUAUUUGCCGUUUAAUUACCCCAUCGCUCUUGGCACUGCUUAUGCGAUCUAUACACUGUUGAUAUCUUAGUUAUGAUCUGUGUCUUUUGCAGCGUUCCAAGUA